GCCUCCGGCCUCCUCCAGUCGCCGCCGCUGCCUCCGCCACCCGCCGCCGGCCCCCACAGAUCGAGGCUCGGGCCACCGGUCAACUCGCCGAGUCGCCGCCCGACGCCGCCACCUCACGUCGCCGCCCGCAUCCGGCUGACCCGCCCGUCGACGUCGGCCAGUCUGCUGCCUCGAUCGGAGAGAACGAAGGAGCAUCAUGGCUCUACGAUCGGCGGCUGGUAGGCUGGCGUCGUCCACCUCGCGCCUCCUCCCGGCGCUUCUCUCUCCCGCCGGCACCACCAACCACACGGCCUUCCUCCACUCUCACGCCACCAGCUUCGGAUACAAGCAAGUACCUGAAGAAGAAAAAAGCAAACUGGUCGGUAAUGUCUUCAGUAGCGUCGCCUCCAGUUACGAUCUCAUGAACGAUCUUAUGAGCGUUGGACUACAUAGGUUGUGGAAGGACAGGCUCGUCUCAAAGCUCAAUCCUUUUCCUGGAAUGAAGCAUCUAGAUGUGGCUGGUGGAACAGGGGAUGUCGCCUUCCGUGCGCUGGAAAGAAUCAAUAGCGUGAGCCAUAGAGCUAUGCAGGGUACUCUUACUGAUAUUGAAGAAGACACACAAAUUUAUGUUUGUGACAUUAAUCCAAAUAUGCUAAAUGUUGGAAAGAAACGUGCUUCAGAAAGAGGCUACAAAGAAGGGCAUUGCCUUAGCUGGAUACAAGGAGAUGCUGAAGCUCUGAAUUUCGAGGAUGGAUCUAUGGAUGGCUAUACUAUUGCAUUUGGGAUCAGAAAUGUGACACACAUUGAAAAAGCUCUGUCAGAAGCUUACAGAGUUCUAAAGCGAGGGGGGAGGUUCCUGUGCUUGGAAUUGAGUCACGUGGAUGUUCCACUUUUUAAACAGAUUUAUGAUGUUUACUCAUUUUCUGUGAUUCCGGCUGUGGGAGAACUUGUGGCUGGUGACCGCCAGUCAUACCAAUACUUGGUUGAGAGUAUCCGUCGAUUUCCAAACCAGGAAAAGUUUGCUCAGAUGAUCCAGGAAGCCGGAUUUGAGAGGGUAGAAUACGAAAAUCUCGUGGGAGGUGUGGUUGCCAUUCACUCUGGACUGAAACUGUAGAGCACUGACUUCGAUGGAUACUUACUGUUAGUCCUACGGUUCAGGACCUAAAACAAGCUAACCCAUCUUUUGUCAGUUUGUUUGUUUUUUUUUUUGAAAUAAGAUCGUUAUAUUGAAAAAACUUCUAUCAGUAAUUAACUUGCAAUAAAAUACAUCCAGUGUUUCUGUACACGUUAUUG